UCGUACCCACCUCCUAUAUGUGCAGGAUCCUAUGCGGAAGUCCAGAAUGGAUUGACCCUCUGAGAAGAAUGGGCCGAGUGGGAUGCGGAGGAGUCCUGCAGGAUCCUGCGUUGUGGCUUUAAGGAGUCCGGGGAUGGGAGCAUGCUGAGGCUUGGAAUUCCCACGGAACUGGGAAUCUGUCUAAUUUGGAAUCGAGUGAGUUUUCUGACAUUUGAGCGCAGUACCCAGCGGUAGUUCGGGAGAAAACUGGCCCUGGAGGAGCUGCACUGACCACAGAAAUGACUUCUACAGAUGCCCCUGAUGAUGAAAAUACAUUUAAAAUCUUAGUUGCAACGGACAUUCAUUUGGGAUUUAUGGAGAAAGAUGCAGUCAGAGGAAAUGAUACCUUUGUCACAUUUGAUGAAAUUUUAAGACUUGCCCAGGAAAAUGAAGUGGACUUAAUUUUGUUCGGUGGUGACCUUUUUCAUGAAAAUAAACCCUCAAGAAAAACAUUACAUUCCUGCCUUGAGUUAUUAAGAAAAUAUUGCAUGGGUGAUCGUCCUGUACAGUUUGAAAUUAUCAGCGAUCAGUCAGUCAACUUUGGUUUUAGUAAGUUUCCAUGGGUGAACUACCAAGAUUGCAAUCUGAACAUUUCGAUUCCAAUAUUCAGUAUUCAUGGCAAUCAUGAUGAUCCUACAGGGGCAGAUGCACUUUGCGCUCUGGAUAUUUUAAGUUGUGCUGGAUUUAUAAAUCACUUUGGGCGUUCAAUGUCUGUGGAGAAGAUAGACAUUAGUCCGGUUUUGCUUCAAAAAGGAAACACAAAAAUUGCUCUAUAUGGCUUAGGAUCCAUUCCAGACGAACGGCUCUAUCGAAUGUUCCUUAAUAAAAAAGUAACAAUGCUGAGACCAAAAGAAGAUGAGAACUCUUGGUUUAACUUAUUCGUGAUUCAUCAGAACAGGAGUAGACAUGGAAGUACUAACUUCAUUCCAGAACAAUUUUUGGAUGAAUUCAUUGAUCUUGUUAUCUGGGGCCAUGAACAUGAGUGUAAAAUAGCCCCAACCAAAAAUGAACAACAACUCUUUUACGUAUCACAACCUGGAAGUUCAGUGGUUACUUCUCUUUCUCCAGGAGAAGCUGUAAAGAAACAUGUUGGUUUGCUGCGUAUUAAAGGAAGGAAGAUGAACAUGCAGAAAAUUCCUCUUCACACAGUACGGCAGUUUUUUAUGGAGGAUGUUAUUCUGGCAGAUCAUCCAGAUAUUUUUAACCCAGAUAAUCCUAGAGUAACCCAAGCCAUACAAAACUUCUGUUUGGAGAAGAUUGAAGAGCUGCUUGAAAAUGCUGAACGGGAACGUCUGGGAAAUCCUCGACAGCCAGAUAAGCCUCUUAUACGACUGCGAGUGGACUAUAGUGGAGGUUUUGAACCUUUCAAUGUUCUUCGCUUUAACCAGAAAUUUGUGGAUCGAAUAGCUAAUCCAAAAGAUGUUAUCCAUUUUUUCAGGCGUAGAGAACAGAAGGAAAACACAGGAGAAGAGAUCAACUUUGGGAAAUUCAUUACAAGACCUUCAGAAGGAAUGACUCUAAGGGUGGAAGACCUUGUAAAACAGUAUUUUCAAACUGCAGAGAAGAAUGUGCAGCUCUCACUUCUAACAGAAAGGGGAAUGGGUGAAGCAGUACAAGAAUUUGUGGACAAGGAAGAGAAAGAUGCCAUAGAGGAAUUAGUGAAAUACCAGUUGGAAAAAACACAGAGAUUUCUUAAAGAACGUCAUAUUGAUGCCCUAGAAGAUAAAAUUGAUGAAGAGGUACGUCGUUUCAGAGAAAGCAGACAAAAAAAUACUAAUGAAGAAGAUGAUGAAGUUCGAGAGGCCAUGACUAGGGCCAGAGCCCUGAGAUCUCAGUCAGAGGACUCCGCUUCUGCCUUUAGUGCUAAUGACCUUAUGAGUAUAGAUAUGGCAGAACAGAUGGCUGAUGACUCGGAUAGUAGCAUUUCAGCAGCAGACAACAAAGGAAGAGGCCGAGGAAGGGGCCGAAGAGGAGGAAGAGGGCAGAAUUCAGUGUCCAGAGGAGGAUCUCAAAGAGGAAGAGCAGGCACCGGUGCAGAAACUUCUACUCGAAGCAGAAGUUCAAAGGCCACUAUGUCAACAUCUAGAAAUAUGUCUAUUAUAGAUGCCUUUGGAUCUGCGAGACAGCAGCCUUCUCAAAAUGUUACUACUAAGAGUUAUUCGGAGGUGAUUGAGGUAGAUGAAUCAGAUGUGGAAGAAGACAUUUUUCCUACCACUUCAAAAACAGAUCAAAGGUGGUCGAACACGUCAUCAUCAUCAAGCAAAUGCAUGUCCCAGAGCCAAAAAAGUAAAGGGGUCAAUUUUGAAUCAGAUGAGGAUGAUGAUGAUGAUCCUUUUAUGAACAUUAGUUCUUUAAGAAGAAACAGAAGAUGAUAUUUUUAAUGGCAUUUUGAAGUUUUCAAGAUUCAGGAAAAAUCAAAACGUUGCAAGCUAAGAGUUUACAAUUGAAGAUUUUUAAAGUAUUGUUGUUAACCGAAGGAUUUGAAAGAGACAUAUUUAACAGAGAGACUAAUGUAUAAGAAUUUCUAUUUUUAAGUAUCAUUUCCUGAAUAUGACACCAUUACUUGAGAAACUUCCCGGCUCAAAGACAUGUAAAAUAGCAUUGGUUUUCCUUAUUUUUUGAAUCUGGUUGUUAACAUUACCUGACAAUGCGGUAUAAAAUUUAUACUGUUAUUUUCCUGACAUGUAUUAGUGUGUGUCUUAGUCUGAGCUUUGUUUAGAUAUCAUUCUUAAAGAAGGAUUAAAAUAAAUAUACCAUUAUACAUUUCUGCUUCGCAAAGACUGUCAAUAUUUUAAUGUAGUCACAUUUAAUCAAAGUUGAGAAAAAGGGCAUAUAAAAUUUAACCUUUUUAUAAUUUUAAUAAUUUCUAGAGAUUCUUGAUUUCCUGAAGGUAAACCAGCUAUGCCUAAGCUUGCUUUUUGUUACUGUGCAUUCUCUUUUCUAAUGCUUGUGAUAGUAUUAGCCACAGAGACUUUGAAUAAUUAAGAUGUUCCUUAUACUUUGAGUAAUUAGAUAUAUGUUUUUAUUAAAAAAUAGAAGUCUGUUGGAAUUAUUGAGUUUUUUAUUUCAGUUAAAAGAUUGUUUCCCAUUGAGUGGUAGUCAUUUUCUCCAUUAUUAUUCAUGAUUCUCUCUCUCUGUAUGUCUCUUUCUAGGAGGAAAAGGAACUAUAUUUUUCUUAAAAUAUUGAAGAAAUUUUUUAGUUUUUAAAUGGUUAUAUUUGAUUAAAAUAUUGAACUAUAACUUCUCUGGAAUAUCAAUGCCAAGAUUUCUCAUUAAUAAUAUUUUAUCUUAACAUUAGGCCUGAAAUAUUAGGCCUGAACUAUUAGGCCUGAACUAUUCCAGAAAUCUUAGUGAAACAGCUCAUGUUAAGUUUAUAUUUUCUUACUUGCAUUCACGGGGACAUAAGAAUUUGACCUCUUUAAAGUUCAAUAAUUUUAUUCUCCAUUUUAAGACUCUGUUAAAAGACCCCUGAGAAUAUUCCUUCUUUUCACCUAUGAGGCAGCUGUAUUUGAAGACCCCUAUUGAAGUUAUAGAUCUUGGUGGUACAACAGCCUGACAUUUUUUCAUAUAUAGAGACAAAUGCUUGACUGAGCCAUAUUUAUGAUUAUUGGCAUAUUCAUACUUGGGAUGUGUCAAGAACAUUUGCAUAGUGGCUCCCUUUUUGUUAUAUAGCUCUAUGAAAUGGCUUAAGUCAGCAAUUGUGAUGUAACAUUCCGAGUUUCUUUAAAAAUAUUUUCUGUACCUAACUUGAACAUAAGGAUUAUUUUAGCAGGUAGCGUUAACUCAGCAGAAGGCAUUGUCCUGUGAAAUAUUCUCAGGCACAUCUGUCCACAUCUUUAACAUUCCCAAUGUUUGAAUGAAGCAGAGAUGAAAUCAGGAGUGAGAGUUGCUUUCCAUGGUCUAAUGGAAGAUAGUUCAGUGGCAGUCCCUGAGGAUGCAGUGCUUCCCCUCCACAGGGUAGCAUCAGCUACUGGCUCUUCUCACCUGCCACUGAAAUAGAUGUGCUUGGGCGAGGGUCUUAGUGAGGGAGGUGGCCACUAAAGGAUCCUGACCGAUUUCCUGAGAAAAAAGAAUAGGCUUUUUCCUUUUAAAAAAAUUACAGAUUGAAAGAGGUUCUAAAUGUGGUGCACUUAGCUCCUAGGAAAAGUGAUUCAAUGGCAGUUAGAGAUAGGUGAAAUUUCCUUCAACUAAUUCAAGUAUUCUGUGACUAGUUAGUAUGUGUCACUUCCUGGAAAUGCGGUAAAUAAAACAUGAAAGAAAAACCUUUUUGAUUGAAUAUUGUUGCAUAGUUAAUUAUGCCAUAUAUCCUUGAUAUUCCGUAUUGAUGUAGUACAAUCUAGUGUAUUUUAGACAGUUUCAGACAUGUUAGUAUAGGUGUGUGGAGGUUAUUCCACAUGAUUACAGAGUACCUGCAGUUUUGGAGGCUGACAGCAGUGAUGAAAACAUUCUGGGGAAAAAAUCCUUCCAUCUCUUACCAAAGAAUGUAUCUCUUUCUGGUGCUUUGUUUCCUAUCAUAAAAAUACAGUAGUGCAUUUACAAGGUUACAGAUACAUUGUAGUUCUGGGAAGUAUGACCAGUGCUUAGAAAAUUUAAGCAUUUAGGCCUAUUAUUUUUAGUUCAGGUACACAUAAAAUAUUUUUUUCCUAAACUUUUAAAAUUGCAAAAUACAAUAUCAGAAAAGUCAUGUGGUUUAACAAAUAAUUACAAAGUGAGUACUCAUGGCAUCUCUAUACAGAUAGGAAAUAGAACAUCACUAGUGUCAGGAAGGCUACCAGUUGUUCUCUCUGGGUGACCGUCUUGACUUCUGUAAUUCAGAAACUUACUUUUGCCACAAGGUGGUGCUUCCAUCAGUAGGUGGCAGAUAGGAUGAUGCAACUACAAAUCUAAAAUUAAGAAGUUAGUGUUGUUUUGCAAAAACUUUGGAACCUAUGCAAUAAUGCUAAACCUAUGCAGUAAUACCAAAAUUAGCCUUCUAAUUUUAUAUGUAAAUUGGUUUACACAUUUCAUCUGGCUCAGCCUGUUCUUAAGGGAAUUGCCUGUUUGAUAAAUUUUACAUAUAAAGGUCGACUAGAAAAUAUUUUAGUAAACAAAGAGAAAAACUCUUUAUUAGAAAAAAGAACCGAAUAAAAAAGUAUCCCAUUGAAAAUUUUGCUGUGGAAAUGUACUGUAUUUAAAAUAUCUUUCCCCCAACAUAAUCUGAUGUCUUUUUUUUUUUCUGUAUCAUAUAUUUAAUUCAUAGUAUUUGUGGCUUUUUAAAGUUAACUACCAUUAAGAUUAUUAUAUGUUUUAUGGAAUAAAGGUUUGAUGUUUUGAGUCCAAAGAGCUUCCCUAUUGAAUGAAAAAUAUCCAUAUUUCAUUAUUUGCUUAUCUCAUUCCUCUUUAAUAUUUUCAAACUUAAUAUUUAUUAGCUAGGUCUGAAAAUACUAGAAUUUUAGUUUGAUCACUAUGAAGCCAGUUUACAUAGCUUGCUAUUGCCAUGUACAUUUAUAUAUUUUUACCAUGGCCAAUCACUAGAUCUGAUUUGUUUUUAAAUUGUAAAGGCAAUCUUCAAAAUUCAGAUAUUGAAAUAUGUAUCGAAAUGAAUAUUUCUUUUUACUCCCGUCCCCAGACAUAACCUCUUAACAAUUAGGUACAUAUUUUCCCAGUUACUUUUGGCGUGACUACUAACAAAAAUUGUUGAAUUAGAACCCCAAAUCAUAUAAUCCCUGUAUCAAUGUAUGUGGUCAUCUUGGUAUUUAUCUUGACAUCCUGAUUUUUCCAUACCUGGUUUUAAUUAAACCGUCAUUGUCUGCUGUGAGGGAUACUUGUACUGCUUUUCAAUGUAUGAUUUAGAUAUUAGCACUCAAUCUGUGUCAAAAGAAUAUUUAAUCUCUGUGCCUUGACGUCAGAAGUAAUAAAGUGAUUUCCAAAGCUC